AUGCAGCGCCUCGCCCUCUUUUUGGUCUGCCUCUUGGGUUCCGCCCUCGCCGCGCCCUCGCCGGCCAGGCUGUGGAGCCGGGGCAACGGCCGCAUCAUUGGAGGCUCCAACGCCAACAUUGCCGACUACCCGUGGCAGCUGUCCUUCCAGUAUGGCGGUUCGCACAUUUGCGGAGCGUCCAUCAUCAGCUCCAGCUGGGCGCUGACGGCCUCUCACUGCGUUGACGGUAUGAGCCUCCUUCUGAUGACUUUCCGAGCUGGGUCUUCAAUUCGUGGGAGCGGUGGUACCGUGCUGAGGGCCUCCUCUGGUUACAUGCACGCGUCGUACAACAGCCGCACUAUAGACUACGAUAUUGCAGUCAUACAGGUGUCUGGAUCCCUGCUGGGCACGAACGCUCAGGCCGUCAGCCUGCCCUCUGACGGCUACGACCCGCCAGGUGGUCUCGCGGUGACGGUGACCGGCUGGGGAACGACGUACACGGACGGGCCAGCAGCCAGCACCCUGCAGAAGGUCGACAUCGGCAUCGUGGACCGCAGCACCUGCAGGAGCAUCUUCGCCAACAUCAACACUGUGACCGCCCGCAUGGUGUGCGCCGGCCAGGCCGGCUUGAGCGUCUGCAACGGAGACUCCGGCGGCCCCCUGGUCAACGGAAACACCCAGGUGGGCAUCGUCUCCUGGGGAAAUUCACAGUGCGAGUCCGCCCCCGGGGUCUACGCCAACGUCGGAAACCUGCGCUCCUGGAUCCGAUCUGCGGCUGGUGUCUAAACUCUCCUGGCUCUCCGCUGUUCUCGGCUCAGUGAACGUUUCGACAAUAACAUUCCAUUUGUACUAAAGACUGUAUUUUUUAUAAUAAAGAAUUGUGCCGAAAUUACAGCAUUCAUA